UAACCGCGUUCUUUAUGGUACUAGAUAGGGCAUUCGGCAAAAUUUUCUUUAAUCUUUCGUCUUGACAGACCUAGAAAGAGAGAAAUGUAUAAACACGGAUCUCUCUUUGUACUCUUUCAUUGUAUUCCUUUCUAAUAGUCUUUAUUCCAAUGGUCCAGAUAAAUCGUCAGUGAAGAAAUCAAAACAAAUUUAAAUCGAAUUGCAGUUUUAUUGAAGUGCAAUUUGUCUGAGAUUCGUCCUGACAUCCGUAAGUAAGAAUAAAUGAAAGUGCGAAUAUGAGUGCGAGUAUGAAGGAAACAGUGCAUAAUUUGAGCAAUGUCGUAAAUAACGAACACAUCCACGGAAAUGAGCAAGCAGUCAUAUCUGAAGAAUCGCCAGCCAAGCAAAAAUUAAGAAGCUGGCUGAACCGACAUCUGCGUAUUGAAAUGACUGAUGGAAGGGUGCUAAGAGGCGCGUUUCUUUGUACGGAUCGUGAUGCCAAUGUUAUUUUAGGCUCGUGUACUGAAUAUCUAUCCACAGAGCAUACGGAAGCAAGAGUUUUAGGUUUGGUGAUGGUACCCGGUCGACAUAUUGUUUCAAUACAUUUAGAUGUUUGAAGCGAUGUCUCUUCACAAGUCUGUAAAUACUAUCUCCAUUAUAUUUAUUUAUUAUACUGACAUGUACGUUAUAUGUUGGACAUUAUAUAAACAUAGUAACAUUUGCCUUGUAUAUUUUGAAGAUUUAAGUUUCGUGAUGUAUAUAAGUGGAAAAUGAAAAAUAUAAAUCUUGUUAAUUAUUGAUAUCCAGCA